ACUUAGGGUUACCCCCACCUAAUUUUUUGAAUUUUUCCAAACAUGGUCUAGUGGGUCUCUUCCAUAGCUCUUUCCCUACCUUUUAUCUUUUCUUCAUUCGCACCAUCUUAUCUUGUUUAACACAAUUGAAAAACAUGCUCCAUACUACUAUCAUUGUUUUAAGACAAACUAUGAAAAUAUCCCAACUUUUAGCAAAAUCUCCUAAAGUAAAAAAGUGAAUAAACACAACCUUAAACAAACAUUUCCUUCCUCAAAACCCAAACCAUGUAAACUAUAUAAUUUCCAACCAUUUCUCUCCUUCCAUCUUGAACCAAUCUUCAAAAUUCCCCAAAUGACAACAACACUUCAACUCUGGCCUCUAAUUCUUUCCCUUACAAUCCUCAUAUCUUUCCUGGAUCUCGAUCACCCCAGUCUCGUAUAUGCUACACCUGAUGAUUCACACUGGCUCCUCGAGAUAAAGUCCGAGUUCAUCGACCCUCUCGGAGCCCUCAACAGCUGGUUGCAAAAAACUAGCAUGUGCACAUGGAAUGGGAUCACAUGUGCAGAUGACAAAAACCACAUUCUAUCACUAAACCUCUCAAAUUCUGGCCUAAAUGGACCCAUCUCUCCGCACUUCUCAAAACUCUCCUUUCUUGAAACACUUGAUCUAUCUCUCAACUCCCUCUCUGGCCCUAUCCCUCCAGACAUAGGAAACCUCAUAAACCUAAAGGAACUGCUCCUCUUCUCGAACUCGAUCAGUGGCACAGUUCCUCCACAGAUUGCCCUUCUCAAACAGCUGCAAGUUCUCAGAAUCGGAGACAAUCUGCUCACGGGCCAAGUCCUACAAAAUAUCGGUGUUUUGUCCGAACUCAGAGUCUUAGGCCUUGCCUACUGCAACUUCAAUGGAAGCAUACCUAAAGAGAUUGGCAAUCUCAAGAAUCUGAUGUCUCUAGACCUGCAGCACAACAGCUUUGAUGGAGUGAUCCCUGAGGAGAUCAGUGGCUGCACGGGGCUUCGAAACUUUGCUGCAUCAAACAACAGAUUUGGAGGCGGGAUCCCCGCCUCCAUAGGCCUUCUUCCAUCACUGCAAAUCUUGAACUUGGCCAACAACAGCCUGUCCGAAGCAAUCCCUCCCGAGCUGAGCCAUUUGUCGAACUUGAAGUACUUGAACCUGCAGGGAAACGAGCUAGGAGGCGAAAUCCCAGUCGAGCUCAACAGACUAGUACACCUCGAGAUACUAGAUCUAUCUAGAAACAAUCUCUCAGGCAACAUAACCCUCCUCAACACAAAUCUGAGGAAUCUUGAAGUUCUAGUCCUGUCUGAGAAUUUCUUCACCGGCAUCCCUUCAAAUCUCUGCAUCAGAAACUCAAGCCUGCGCCAGCUCUUCCUAGCUGACAACAACAUAGCCGGUGGCUUCCCGGUGCAGCUACUAAACUGCUCGUCACUCCACCAACUAGACCUCUCCGGGAACACCAUAGGUGGGGCCCUCCCACCCGGCAUCGACAAAAUGCAGAGCCUCACCGAUCUCCUCCUCAACAACAACAGCUUCACAGGAAACAUCCCUCCUCAGAUAGGCAACAUGAGCAACUUAAACACUAUAUUCCUCUUUGCUAACAUGAUCACUGGCCGAAUCCCACCAGAAAUUGGGAAACUGCAGCAGCUCACAGCUCUAUACCUCUAUGACAACCAAAUGUCCGGCUCCAUCCCAAGAGAGCUAACAAACUGCUCGAGCUUAGCAGACCUAGAUUUCUUUGGAAACCGUUUCUCGGGCUCGAUUCCUCCCACCAUAGGCAAGCUCAAGAACCUAGUGAAUCUGCUGCUCAGACAGAAUGAACUCUCCGGCACAAUCCCAUCCAGUUUAGGCUACUGCAGGAAGCUUCAACGCUUAGUCUUGGCUGAUAACAAGCUGUCCGGAUCAAUCCCAUCGACGUUCGGAUUCCUCUCCGAGCUGUUUCUCAUCACUCUAUACAACAACUCAUUAUCAGGGCCAAUCCCAGAAUCUCUCCACCACCUCAAAAACCUCAGCAUUGUCAACUUUUCACAUAAUAGGCUCAGUGGCAGCAUUGCUCCUUUAAGUGUUUCUAAUUCUCUAACCAAAUUAGACUUAACCAACAACAGUUUCUCAGGCAGCAUUCCUUCAACAUUAUCCACAAACCUAAUCCGUCUCCGCCUCGCACAUAAUUCUCUCACCGGCAGCAUUCCCCUUCAGUUCAGCCAGAUGAAGCAGCUCCAACUUCUUGAUCUAUCCUUCAACAAUCUCACCGGCCAGCUUGGGACCGACCUCUCCGGCUUAACGAGCCUCGAGCACUUUCUCCUCAGCAACAAUCAGCUCUCCGGGCCUAUUCCGGUGUGGCUCGGGAGCAUAACAGAGCUAGGUGAGCUAGACCUCUCAUCAAACAGUUUCAGUGCAAAUAUACCGCCGGAAAUUGGGAAUUGCUCGAAAUUGCUCAAACUUUCUCUCCGAAGCAACAUGUUGUCGGGUCCGAUCCCACCAGAAAUUGGAAAGCUAAACCUCUUAAACGUCUUGAACCUCGAGAGAAACAAUCUCUCCGGUGGAAUCCCUCCCACGAUCCAGCAAUGCAGGAAGCUCUACGAGCUCAGGUUGUCGGAAAACGCCCUCUCCGGAGCAAUUCCGCCGGAGAUCGGCACGCUGGGAGAGCUUCAAGUCCUGUUAGACCUCAGCUUCAAUCAGUUAUCCGACGAAAUCCCUUCUUCGUUGGGGAAUUUGAUGAAGCUGGAAAGAUUGAAUCUCUCGUUCAACCAUCUAGAAGGUGAAAUUCCAACUUCGUUGGGAAAAUUGUCUAGUCUUCACAGACUCAACCUCUCGGGAAAUCAUCUACGCGGCCAAUUGCUAUCAAAAUUUGAGGGAUUUCCAUUAACUUCUUUUCUCGGCAAUGAUGGUUUGUGCGGCCCACCAUUGGCUAAUUGCUCGGAAUCAUCGCUGCGCGCGCUUACGGAAUCCCAAAUUGCUGGGAUCAUAGUGGCCAUUGUCUUCACCUCCACUCUGAUUUGUCUGUUCCUGAUGUAUAUCAUGCUUCGGAUAUGGUGGAAUUGGCGGAAGGUGGCGGUUUCUUGCUCGGAGAAGGGCGGAUUCGAGGGGAAGAAAGGGGGUGAGGAGGAUUGGGUUUAUGGAGAGGAGAUCGUUAAGAGCAGCGAUCAUCAGUUUUGGAACUCGAAUUCCAUGGCGUUGGUUACGUCGCAAUCGAAGCAGAUUUCGGAUACAACGCGGAUUCUUCAGUUCAAGUUAAGCGCGAAGAAGUGAUAAUUGAAGUUCAAGAGUGGUGAUUUUAAUUUGCUUCUUUUUUCUUGAUCUCAAUUUUUCGUUUUCUAGGGUUUUAUGUCUGCGAGAUUCAAUUCUUUCGAAGAUCUUAAUAAGGGUUUACUUUGGCAUGCAUGUGUAAGUGUAACGAGAAUGCAUAUACAUACUUCUUUCAUGGCGGAUACAGAUUUAUUUGCCUUUUA